CCAACUCACGCCCGGAUAUCAACCGAAAUUACUCGAAUCCGCCUGCAUCCAUUCAGUCAUUCCUACUGCGAGGUACCUAACAUAAGUAGUCUGGGCAGCCACUUACUUCACAAUCAUAUAGAGCUUUCACUUCAACAUACUACACCGCCAGUCAAUAUGAGAGUCCAACUGAACCAAAUCUCCGCCGCCCUGGCAUUAUUCGGGUUCGCAUCAGCUGUUCGAGGACCUCCCGAGUACGUGGGCUGUUUCGACUCACCGACAAAUCUAGAAUUUAGUCGCACCUACGUAUUUCAAUCGGUUGGUUUCUGCGGGGAUUGGUGCGAAUCCAAUAACCAGCCCGUGAUGGCUGUGACAAACGGCACCGGUUGUUUAUGCGGUCAAGCUGUCCCUCCUUCUGAAAGGGCCGUGCCAGAUUCAUUCUGCAACAGAGCUUGUUCGGGAUAUGCGCAGGAAAUGUGCGGCGGUCAAAGCUACUUUUCAGUCUAUUAUAGUGCGCAGCCAGACGAGCCCGAACAAGUGCCCAGCCAGGAGACCUUGACGCAAAGCAUCGAGCCGGCCGAGACAGGUGAAGCACUCCCAACAGCCUCAAUUGAUAAUCAGCCCGUUCCGUUGGCAGGUUCAUCCAAUCUAUAGAUUCUAUUACGGUCUUUAAACGCCCGAGUAACCACUUUCCUAAGUCAAUUCGCAUUAUAUAACGAGUGAAGGUAUAUAUCAUUGAAACCUAGGGUUGGAAUCUUGAAGGUCACAUACAAAAGCAGUAGCUUAUUUAUAUAUACACCUUGCAUUUAUUGUGUAUUUACAGCCAGCGUAUAUAUCAUUUUUAGACCAGUUGAGGCCCAGGGAACCAUUGAUACUCAUAGCCAUCGCACUCGACUAACUUGUACGUAUAUUAGUUUAAGAUGUUCCCGAGCAACCGACGAAGUUGUUGCCGCUAGCUCCAGUGUGAGUAAUUUCACCUGCUAGCUUGCAGGAUGUAUUAAUGACAACCCGAUCCGGUCCAGGGGAGCCUAUCAUCUAUUAGCUCGCAUCACAUACUUGAGA